UGAGUUGUUCUCCAAUGACAGAGCACCCGACACAACGUCAGGGUCUGGCGUUACAUUUGCCAAAGUUGUACAUUCGGAGCCGAGCCCUCCAACGUGGCGAUCCCCCCAAUCCAGCCAGCCAGCCAGCCAACCAACCCAAGAGCGGGGUAAAAAUACUGCAGUGGGUCUGAACCACUGGAUUUUCUGCUGAAUCACUAACAUAGAGGCUUCCAGUCGAAGAUUAGCGGUUUAAGUAGAAAAAUACCAUAAAAAGUACUACAGGGCAACUCCCCCUGAAACGGGCUACAAGAUGGAGAAGCUGCCGUUGCCCAGUGAUGAGGAUGGCAGUGUUUUGGCUGAGAGUCGAUCAGACAUGGCUCUGGUGGUGGCUGAUGAAGCAGGGUCUGCGGGUGCUGGUGUGCCAGAGGACGACAGGCCAGCGUGGGACAGCAAGCUGCAGUAUGUGCUCGCUCAGGUGGGCUUUAGCGUUGGUCUGGGCAAUGUCUGGAGGUUCCCCUAUCUCUGCCACCAAAAUGGAGGAGGUGCCUUUAUGUUACUGUAUGUGAUGCUGUUGCUCAUUAUCGGGGUUCCUCUGUUCUUCAUGGAGCUGGCCGCUGGGCAGAGCAUCCGUCAGGGCAGCAUUGGGGUCUGGAAGCACAUCUCGCCUCGCCUCGUCGGCAUCGGUUACUCCAGCUGCAUGGUUUGUUUCUUCGUGGCCCUGUACUAUAAUGUGAUCAUUGCCUGGGCUCUGUUCUAUAUGGGGAAUUCAUUCCAGUAUCCAUUGCCAUGGGAGCAGUGUCCUGUAGAUAUGAUCUCAAACCAGACAGUGAAGGAAUGUGCUUCAAGCUCUCCUACCUCGUAUUUCUGGUUCAGAAAGGCUCUGGAUAUCUCAGACUCCAUAGAUCAGUCAGGAGAGUUUAACCCCAUCAUGACCGGUUGCCUGCUUGCAGCCUGGACUAUAGUGUGUCUCGCGAUGAUCAAGGGCAUCAAGUCUUCUGCCAAGGUGAUGUAUUUCUCCUCUGUGUUCCCUUACGCUGUGUUGAUCUGUUUUCUAAUCAGAGGGCUCAUGUUGGACGGCGCUAUAGAGGGCAUCAAAUAUAUGUUUUAUCCCAAGCUGGAGAUCUGGGGGGAAGUGCAGGUGUGGCGUCAGGCUGCUACACAGGUUUUCUUCGCUCUGGGUCUGGGUUACGGCUCUGUGAUCGCUUACUCGUCCUACAAUCCCGUGCAUAACAACUGCCACCGGGACGCCAUCAUGGUCUCAGGCAUCAACUUCAUGACCUCAGUACUGGCCUCUCUGGUUGUCUUCGUGGUCCUCGGUUUCAGAGCUAAGAACAUUGCCUUGGAUUGUGUUGCAGCUAAUGUGGCCAGGAUGGCAGGAAUAGCAACUACAGGUUCGUCGGAGCAUUGGUGGCCAUGGUUCAACAUUUCAGACCCCAAGUCAGUGACUCUUCAAGACUACAGAGAAUGGUACAGCCACUAUGGAAGCCUGCUAGGGUCAAACCUCACUGACUGUGACCCGGAGAGAGAAAUGAGCGAGGGCGUGGAGGGCACGGGUUUGGCAUUUAUAGCAUUUACGGAGGCGAUGGCAUUGUUUCCUGCAAGUCCAUUUUGGUCGACUUUGUUCUUCUUCAUGCUGCUGAAUUUGGGCCUCUCCACCAUGUUUGGCACCAUGCAGGGGAUUCUUACCCCACUCAUGGACAACUUCCGAGUGCUGGGGCGCCACAAGACCAUGUUGACGGUGUGUAGCUGUGUCCUGGGCUUCUUCAUUGGCCUGCUGUUCACUCAGAGAAGUGGCAACUAUUUCGUAACGAUGUUUGAUGACUAUUCUGCCACAAUGCCACUGAUCAUCGUUGUGGUUUUUGAAACCGUCAGCGUGGCGUGGAUUUACGGUGCUGAUCGUUUCUUGGAUGAUGUGGAGGUGAUGCUGCACUGGCGUCCUCCAGUGAUUUAUCGCUAUUUGUGGAAGUAUGUGUGUCUGUUCGGCAUGGUGGGACUGCUGGCUGCUAGUCUUCUCCGCAUGGUCUUCAAACGGCCCACUUACACAGCUUGGAACCACACCACGGGAUCUGAAACUAGCCUGGAGUAUCCUGGAUGGGCUCUGGUCAUGCUCUCCAUGCUAAUCAUCGUAGCAUCCCUCCCUGUGCCCAUUGGCUUCCUGUUCUCCUUCCUCGGUGGACGGAGCCUACCAGUGGAGGAGGGCGAGACUGAGCCUCCAAGAGAACGAUACUCCAAAUGCAAUUCUGCUGAGCCAGAGCCGAAUAACCACCACUCCCCACUGGACGAAGACAGGAACCGGCCUCGCUCCACCUUCCUUCCACUGGGUGCUGAACACUACAGGCUGCUCCCACAACAGGAAGAGGGAGAGGAAGAGGGAGAGGAAGAGGAAGACACUGGGCUGUAAGGAAAUGCAGGGACAAAUAUAAAUUCAACAGGUGUUUGAGCAGAAAACUAAAAGACUAUUUAUUGAUCAGUAUUGGAGUUUUUUUUAAUGGAGUGGAGGGAGGCGGACUCCAUUUAUUCUCAUUAUGCUAAUGAACAUUCAUGAAACAUAUUAGUCAGUCAAGGCCCUAUUUGAGAGGGAUGCAUUUUGCAAAUGCACCAAUCGCUGAAUUGCUUUGUUCUUGAAUCCCUAAAUGAACAUAGUGAUGUGCUCUAUGCCAAAAGUGCCUCUUAAAGGGAUAGUUCACCUAAAAUUUUCAAAAUGAGGGCACUUUUAUUUUCAAAGAUUUAUAUUCUCACUCUCAGGCCAUUCAAUAUGUAGAUGAAUUUGGAACAGAUUUGAAGUUAAAACCAUCUUCAUUCAUUUCUUUUUCAUAAACACGCAGCUUUUCACUUCAGAAAACAUUAAUUCAGGGGUAGACAAGUUAGGACCUGGAGAGACGCAGUCCUGCAGAGUUCAGCUCCAACCCUAAAAAAACCCUCACCUCCCUGUAGACUUAUUAAUCCUGAAGACAUUGAUGAGCUUGUUCAUGUGUGUUUGAUUAGGGUUGAAGCUGAACUCUGCAGGACUGCGGCUCUCUAGGACUG